AACACCUGCCCAUUACACAGGUGAGAUGACAGGGUAUAAAUCCAUGAACCUGGUUUGGACACACAGGGACUUCUGUCUCCAACUGCAAGACCAGACUCCUGAAAUCUCUGGAUUUUGGGUGGAUAUCAGCAAGGAAAAUGGGGCUCGGGACAGGGAAUGAUAAGUACGAAUUGGCAGCAACGUCAGAAGAUGGAGUCAAAAAGCCCAAAAAAGGGAAAAAGAGCAAAAAGGACAUGGAUGAACUAAAGAAAGAAGUGGAACUGGAAGACCACAAGUUGACCUUGGAUGAACUUAACCGAAAAUACGGCACUGAUAUGACCAAGGGUUUGACCAAUUUUCGAGCAAAGGAAAUCUUAGCCCGUGAUGGACCAAAUGCCUUGACUCCACCUGUUACGACUCCAGAAUGGGUCAAGUUCUGCAGACAGCUGUUUGGUGGAUUCCAGACACUGCUGUGGAUUGGUGCAUUUCUUUGCUUCUUUGCCUAUUCGAUACAGGCUGCCUCAGAAGAUGAACCAGCAAAUGACAAUCUGUAUCUGGGACUUGUGCUUGCUUUUGUUGUCACAGUCAAUGGAUGUUUCUCAUACUAUCAAGAUGCCAAGAGCUCUAGGAUCAUGGAGUCAUUCAAGAACCUCGUUCCUCAGAAAGCCCUGGUUAUACGUGAUGGAGAGAAAAAGAUAAUCGACGCUGAGGAAGUAGUUGCUGGUGAUCUUGUGGAGGUCAAAAGUGGAGACAGAAUCCCAGCUGAUAUUCGUGUCAUCGCUGCACAAGCAUGCAAGGUGGACAACUCUUCCCUCACUGGUGAAUCUGAGCCCCAGACUCGUACUCCUGACUUCUCUAGUGAAAACCCCUUGGAGACAAGAAACAUUGCAUUUUUUUCUACAAAUUGUGUUGACGGAACUGCCAGAGGGAUUGUCAUCAACACCGGUGACCGUACUGUCAUGGGUCGUAUUGCAUCACUUGCCUCCAGUCUGGAAGGUGGACAGACACCAAUUGCUAAAGAGAUUGAGCACUUCAUCCACAUCAUCACCGGUGUAGCUGUCUUCCUGGGUUUGACCUUCUUAAUUCUCUCCCUGAUUCUUGGCUACACUUGGUUGGAAGGGGUCAUCUUCCUUAUUGGAAUCAUUGUUGCUAAUGUACCUGAAGGUCUCCCUGCCACUGUAACCGUGUGUCUGACUCUGACCGCCAAACGUAUGGCAAAGAAGAACUGCCUGGUGAAGAAUCUUGAAGCCGUGGAGACUCUUGGCUCGACCUCCACCAUCUGCUCUGACAAAACUGGAACUUUGACCCAGAACCGAAUGACCGUCGCUCACAUGUGGUUUGACAGCCAUAUUCAUGUAGCAGACACCACAGAGAACCAAACUGGAACCUCUUUUGAAAAGAGCUCUGCUACUUGGGCUGCUCUUGCACGUGUUGCUGGCCUUUGCAAUCGUGCCGUCUUCCAAUCAAAUCAGAACCAUCUUCCAGUCCUUAAGCGAGAAACAGCUGGUGAUGCCUCAGAGUCUGCCCUGCUGAAGUGUAUUGAGCUGUGCUGUGGUUCAGUCACUGAAAUGAGAGAGAAGUACACAAAGAUUGCUGAGGUCCCUUUCAACUCCACCAACAAGUAUCAGCUCUCAGUCCACAAGAAUCCCAAUUCCUCAGAGUCUAAGCACCUGCUGGUGAUGAAGGGAGCUCCUGAGAGAAUCCUGGAUCGAUGCUCUACUAUUUUGAUUCAAGGAAAAGAGCAGCCUUUGGACGAUGAAAUGAAAGAUUCAUUCCAAAAUGCUUAUCUAGAGCUUGGUGGUCUUGGAGAAAGAGUGCUGGGUUUCUGCCACUUUAGCCUCCCUGAUGACCAGUUCCCUGAGGGUUUUACAUUUGAUUCUGAAGAAGUGAACUUCCCCACUGAGAACCUGUGUUUUGUUGGCCUCAUGUCCAUGAUCGAUCCUCCUCGUGCAGCUGUACCUGAUGCUGUGGCCAAAUGCCGGAGUGCUGGAAUCAAGGUUAUCAUGGUAACUGGUGACCAUCCAAUUACAGCUAAAGCUAUUGCAAAAGGUGUUGGCAUCAUCUCUGAAGGCAACGAGACUGUGGAUGAUAUUGCAGCCCGGCUGAAAAUCUCUGUUGAAGAAGUCAAUCCAAGAGAUGCUAAGGCCAUUGUGGUCCAUGGUGGUGAACUGAAGAGUAUGACUCCAGAACAGCUGGAUGAGAUCCUCCAACACCAUACAGAAAUUGUUUUCGCCAGAACCUCUCCACAACAAAAGCUGAUCAUUGUGGAAGGCUGUCAGCGACAGGGUGCCAUUGUAGCCGUAACCGGUGAUGGAGUCAAUGAUUCUCCUGCUCUGAAGAAGGCUGAUAUUGGUGUGGCUAUGGGUAUCGCUGGAUCUGACGUAUCCAAACAGGCUGCUGACAUGAUCCUUCUGGACGACAACUUUGCCUCAAUUGUCACUGGAGUAGAAGAAGGCCGUCUGAUCUUUGACAACUUGAAGAAGUCUAUUGCCUACACGCUGACUAGUAAGAUCCCUGAGAUGUCACCCUUCCUCUUUUUUGUCCUUGUGGGUAUUCCUCUACCUUUGGGCACCGUCACCAUCCUCUGCAUUGACCUGGGCACUGACAUGGUUCCUGCUAUCUCACUGGCCUACGAAACUGCUGAAAGCGACAUCAUGAAGAGACAACCCAGAAAUGCUGAAACAGACAGGCUGGUGAAUGAGAGGCUCAUCAGUAUGAGCUAUGGUCAAAUUGGCAUGAUGCAAGCAGUUGGGGGGUUCUUUACCUACUUUGUAAUUCUUGCUGAGAAUGGAUUCUUGCCCAAAGACCUAGUAGGAAUUCGAAUUGGUUGGGAAGACAGAUAUGUCAGUGACCUAGAAGACAGCUAUGGCCAGCAAUGGACCUAUGAGCGCAGAAAGAUUGUGGAGUAUACAUGCCACACAGCCUUCUUUGCCAGUAUUGUGAUUGUGCAAUGGACUGAUUUGCUCAUCUGCAAGACCAGGAGGCUUUCCAUCUUCCAGCAGGGAAUGAAGAAUAGAGUCCUCACCUUUGGAUUGUGUGUGGAAACUGCUCUGGCAGCAUUCUUAUCCUAUUGCCCAGGCAUGGAUGUUGCUGUCCGAAUGUAUCCAUUGAAACCAUUGUGGUGGUUCUGUGCUAUGCCAUAUUCACUGCUCAUUUUCAUCUAUGAUGAAGUUAGAAAAUACAUUCUUAGGCAGAACCCAGGAGGCUGGGUGGAACUAGAAACAUACUACUAAAACAACAAAUUUCUAUUGGGGAUGUGCAAGGAUACAUUCAUUUUGAUGUUUUCAGAAUGAUACAAAGUCAAUAAAUAUGUCAGAUUAAAUUAGA